CUGCACUGUCGCACUUGUGCAAUAAGUUAAAGACAAGUAUAUUUUUUCGUCUGAUAUCUUUUUUAAACAUGCCUAAAAGAAGUGAAAAAUUACGACCAUUUAACCUGCAAUGGUUAAAGGAAUCAUGGGCUGAAGGUUGGUUAAUUGAUGUUACCAAGGAAAAUCAAUUGCACAAUGCUUAUUGCAAAGUGUGCAAGUCGUAUCUUAGAGCACACAAAAGCGAUCUUCUGAGGCAUAAAGACAGUGCAAUGCAUGAACACAAUAUAAAAAGUCUUGUACCAGAUAUCAAACAACAAAAACUGACAGACAAGAAUCAUGUUACUGUUAUUUCAAAUGAAGAAAAGAAGACUGAAUUGUUGCUAGCUGUUUACAUCGCAGUUCAUUCAUCUAUAAGAAGUAUUGAUCAUCUCACAGAUGUAUAUAAUCGUAUUUCUAGAAAUAAUUUUAUAAAGCUUCAUCGAACCAAGUGUUCACUUCUAAUUAAAAAGGUCAUUGCUCCAGCUAUUUUGGAAGAUCUGUUACACGAUAUAGGAGAUUGUCCUUAUUCUCUAAUAGUCGACGAAAGUACAGAUGUAGCGACGAUAAAAUAUUUAUGUAUUUGUGUACGGUAUUUUAGUAGAAAGAUAAACAAAAUUUUGAUAUGUUUUCUAGGAUUAGUUGAAGUAGAAAAGGUAACCGCAGAUGAAUUAUAUUUAAAAUUAAAAGAAUUUUUAACAAAUUGCGGGUUAAAAAUUACAAAUAUGAUUGGACUAGGGACUGAUGGUGCAAAUAAUCUCUGCGGGCGCCAUAAUUCUUUAUAUACACGAUUAAAAGAAGAUAAUCCUAAACUUCAACUUGUUAAAUGUAUUUGCCAUUCACUCAAUAAUGCAUCGUCCAAAGCAGCUGAGGCGUUACCGUCAAAUUUAGAUUUUCUCUGCAGAGAAAUUUAUGCAUGGUUCAGUCAUAGCUCUCUGAGAAGAAUUGAAUAUAAAAGAUUAUAUGAAAUUCUAAACAAAGGUGACAAACCUUUUCACAAUUUUGUGCAAUUAUGCUCAACACGUUGGCUGUGUAGAUAUAAUGUAAUAAAUAUAUUAUUAGAGCACUACGAUGAACUAAAAACUCAUUUCAGAUUUGUUGUGAAUAAAGAAAAAUGUUAUACAGCCAAAAUGCUCAACGAAAUGUUAAACGAUGAGACUAAUUACUUAUAUUUUAUUAUUAUUAAACCUAUUCUUAAUGAAAUAAAUAAAGUAAACGCUAUUUUUCAAUCAAGUUAUGUAGAAAUCGGAAAUGCGAUUGAAGACUUAAAAAGACUUGUUUUUUUUAUUUCUAAAAAAGUUUUAAAACCCAUAUUUACCAAAAAUAUUAAUGACAUUGUAAAAAACGUUAAUAACGAACUUGCAUAUGUGGAAGUAAGUAAUAUUGAUUUUGGAAUUGAGUAUUAUAAAUACUGUCAUAAUGCAAAAGAGAAUUUGUCAAAGACUAACAUUGAUAAUGUGCAACAUCGAGUUGGUGAUUAUCUUAAAAAAUUAUUAUUAGAAUUAGUUAAAAGACUGCCACUCAAUAUUGAUUUAUUUACAGGUAUGCAACUUUUAAACCCAAAAAUCUGCCUUUCUAACACUACCAGACCAAAAUUUUGUGAUCUUCCCUUUAUUGAUAUAUUUAUUAAUGCAAAUGAUUUGAGUACAGCUGAAGUUGAAUACAAUUCAUUAAUUAAUGUUAACUGGAAUUUUUUAUACGGAAAUAAUAUAUUUGAAAGUAGUUUUAGUUUUUGGCCUAUUGUAGCACAACAUAAGAAUGCUGGAAAUUUUUUAGCUUUUAAUACAAUAGCACAAUAUGUUUUGAAAAUUCUAACUUUGCCAAUGUCAAAUGCAGCGGUCGAAAGGGUCUUUAGUGUUAUGAAUGCAUCAAAGGACAAAAUGAGAAACAGAAUGGCAACUGAAAUGUUAAAUGCACUACUCAUGAUUAAGUCACAUUGUUAUGCAAACCAAUUUUGUUGUAAAAAUUUUGUUUGCACACAGCAAAUGUUGGAAAACUUUAAUAAUAAACAUAUGUAUUUAUGUAAAAACACAAAUGCGUUUGAAGAUGAGCAAUAUAAAGAAGAUAUGUAUAUCGUAGAGGCUGUGAAUGAAGAUAAUAAUGUUGACAAAACUACAAACUUUUGUAGUUCAAAAUAAAUUAUAGAAUAUGCUACAGAAUAAGAUGUAUGAUUAAAAUAUACUUUUAUAGAGAAAUAAAA